AAUUUUUCGAAUGAGUACAAAAGUCCAUCAAAGAAUUCUCACUUUCAUCAAAAAAUACAAGGAUGAGUAAAUACUUCAUAUUAAAUUUAAGAUUGAGCUCAUCUACAGGAAUUGAUGAAUUUGCAGAUUUAUUGAACGAAUGCUUUACUUCAUUCGAAUAAGAUUCGUCGAGGAGAGAGAAAGUGAAUUUAAUGCUUGAGAAUCUUGUCUUAGAUGAUGAAAGCAAACUUGUGGAAGGAGGUAAGAAAAAUGAAUUAUUAAAAGAUUUAUAAAAAUAUGUGGAGAGAUUAAUUGAUUUCGUUGAAGGACAAAGCGAUGAUCCAUUAGAAAAAAACAAUCUUAAACAAAGAAGCUCUUCAGGGAGUUCAGAUGAGGACGACAACAGAGGUCACAAUAGAUAAUAAAACAAACACAAAAGAGAUAGAAGCAGAGAUAGGGAAAAGAAUAAGAAAUCAAAAAAAAAUUAAAAGAACACAAACAUAUUAUCAGAUUUAUAAAAAGCAUUAGGAAAGGAGAUGAAUAUUAAGGAUUUACUGUCUUCCCUCACCAAUAAUAAUAAUCGGAAAUAAUAACACAAUAAUAAUAAUAAAAAUGUUGUCUUCUUACAAAAUGUCCCUAGAGAAAUGAGAUCAUACACAGAAAUUGAAUCAUUACUCUAAGGAAGAGGAGACCUAAUCAGAAUUCAAUUAUUAGGAAGGUAAUUAUUAAACCUAAUUAUAGAGUUCCCUCGGUCUAAUUUAAGAAUCAUAGUGACGCCUAAGCUUUAAUUGAUAAAUUUAUAGUUCACAAAGGAGUUAAAAUUGAGUUCACUCAAAGUUUAAAUAAAGUAUUUAAAUAACUAAUAAAAUAGUAGUAGCAACACUAAGAUGAUAAUAAGAAUAAUAAGAUUAUUGUAUUAGACAAAGAAGGAAAAAAAGUAUCAAACCAAUCUUCUUAACCAGCAGCCCCUCUUUAAUAAAACUAAUAAUAACAAUAAUAAUAAUAAUAAUAGGUUCAAUAGAAAUCAGACACUAAAAUGGAAGAAGAAAAUGACCAAAAAAAAACCAAAGAAGAAUAAGAAUUAAAUAAUCAAAUUGAAUAAAUUAAAGGACAAGCUAAAACCCUAGUUGUAGAUAAAUUGAGACUAGCUUUCUUAUUAAAUAAAAGGAAAGACAAUUAUCCACCAUAACUAAGUACUGAAAUUGAAGAAUUAAAAAAGUAUAUAUUUAAAUAAAUCAUAGAUUAUUAACCUAGAAAAAGGAAGAAAUAUCAAAAAUGAAUUCUUUGGAAUAACUCAAAACAGAAUUACAAUGGCUAAACGAGAAUUAUGAUUACACCUUAUUAAUUACUCAAAUACCAGAAUAACUAUUUAAAGAUAAGACUGUUACUAAGGUUCUAAAUGAAGAAUUCCAAGUAAUCAUUCUAAUAAUUUCUUAGAAAUACGGAAAAAUAGACAAUUUGCAGAUCAAAAUCAAAGAUAAAGCUGCUCAUCUUAAAUUCUUCAGUUUUGAUUCAGCAGAAAAAGUAUUGUAUUUUAGAUUAUGUAGGCUUAUUAUCAAGCUAACGAAAAUUCUAAUUUAAAGGUUGAGUUUUUAAAUUAAGGAAUCAAAAAGGUACUAAUUGCCCAAAGCUGAAAAAUUUAUAAAUCAUC